GGGGAGGGGGAGUGGGAGGAGGGGAACAGUAAAACUACACCACUCCGUGCUAUGUCUAACAGAAAAAUAAUAAAUAUCUUUAUGUUUGGUUUGAAUGUAAUACUUUGUUAACUGCACAUAGCAACAGAAAAAAGAGACACGCACCAAGGACCGUGUCUGAUUAACCAUGGAUCAAAAAUCUAAGAGCAUUGACUGCUACUUUUAUUACUAUUCAGAAUGUGUGAGGGGUAACUCUUGUAAAUUUCGUCAUGAACCUGCUGCCCUUGGGUGUGAAGAUAUGUGCAUGAAAUGGAAAGAAGGUAAUUGCACUGAGCCCCAUUGCGGCCAACGACACAUGGAACUUAAGAAAAAGAGAAAAGAAAUUCCAUGUUAUUGGGAAAGACAGCCUGGAGGUUGCCGCAAAGCUCAUUGUGCUUUUAAGCAUCAAUUAAAGGGGGGCCAGGCACAAAGUGACUCUUUGAAUUCACCAGAAAGUUCUAAGAAGGAAACAGAUACCUCAACUCCGGACUGGCAGAGUGGCAAGGUGGAUGGUGCUUCAAAUCUGGAAACUGGAGUAGAGCCCCCUGUUGCCGACUCCUCACGUCGGUUGAGCCAUGGUGUACCUGAUAGCUACAACUCAUCACCUGCCGCCGUUGAACCAAUUGUAGUCAACUUCGAAGAAGAAUCAGACUCAGAAAGUGCCCCAUCUUGGACUCCCACAAAGGUGCAGAAGGAGAAGGACUCAUUACAUGUUAAGACGCUGGAAGAGAUUCGCCUUGAAAAAAUCCAGGCGGAAUCAGCUGCAUACUGGGAAGGCAUUGCAGGUGGACCAAUGGCAUGGGAAGCUGCCAACCCAGCUGCAAAUCCAUCAGCCAGUCCUUGCAGUACAGUUCCAUGUCCUCGUAAACCUUGUGUUGCCACAACCAUCGGCUUUAAGAAAGCUACCCUUGGCGGUAAUCAUCUUAAAAAUAAUGUGACUAAAGAAUUAGAUUUUCGAGUACUAAGUUUAGAUGAAAUUAGAAAAAAUCGAGCAAGAAAAGCAGAUGCAAAUAGUACAUUUCUGAAAGACGAACUUAAUCAUAAUAUUAAUAUGUCUUCUACUGCAACAACAAAUGGUUAUAGUUCUGAUCAAACAAAAGAUUUUAAAGCUCAUUUAGGUAUUACUGAUUUGAGAACAAAACUUUUAAAAGUAAAAGCAGAUGGUUUAGAGGUGUUAAAUAGUGCUGACACAUGGAGCUCCAAACGUCAACGGCAAGAAACUUCUUCGUUUUGUGUUCCCUCAAAAAAACGAGUCAGAAUGUCAGGAAGAUUGAGUGAUCUAACAGGACAAAGGACUUUAGCAAGAAACAAUCAUGAUGAUGAAGAUGGGGAAAAGUUCUGUGUGGAGGCGGAUAUUGACGGUCACAUUAUUGGUGAUAUUGACAGACUUCUUAUGGAGUAAGGAUAGAAUUUGUUUGUUGCAAAAGAAAGAAAUGGUAAAAUCACCAUGACAAACCUUGUUUCCUUGGUUGUUUCAUGAUGCUGUAGUUUUUCAAUAUCUUUUGUCACAAAGCCAUCAUGUUGAGACAACCUCAUUCUAUACAAAUAGGCACCAUUCCAAUGUGUGAUUUGGCUCAAGUUUUGUUUAAAAUAGUUUUUCUGUAAGCUUGUGGAUUUUACCACUCCACUGAUGACUUCUAUGCUUCAUCUUCUGUGAAAUCAAUACUGAUGUGCAUUUAAAUUGUCUUAGUUCUUCUCAGAUAAUUAACACAUUACACAACAUUACUAAUGCUAUUAAUGUUUACCCUCUGUCCAUGGAUUCAUUUGCUAAUAAUUUAAACUGUUGACUAUUUUUGUACUGUGGUUUGUCAGUGUCUUUCUUCUACCCAACUUUUAAUUAUUCUCAUGUGGAAUAAUUAUGACAAUUAGUGGAUUUGUGAAACAAAUAAUUGUUUUCUUUUCUGCUCAGGAUUGUUUUGAUUUGGUUGCAUCUUGAAUUGUGCCCAACUCUGCUGUGAUAUGUUAGCACACUAAGCUUUGGAUUUAAUGUUUUUCUUGUUCCAUGUUUUGCAUGGGACCGUUUCUGUCACCUUCAAAUAUUUCUGGUUGAAGGCACUUUUUUGUACUGCUAGUUUGUAACAUCCCUUGUCCAUGUGUUCAUAUGAUUGUAUAGGACUUAAAAUUUAAGUACAAAGUCAUUGUAAGAACAUCAUGUAUCAUUGACAAUCUUGAUGUUCAUUACCAGUGCCGCAUAGCAAUAAAGACACGUGUAUCUUCAUUCUUCAUUUUAGAGAUAUGGAUGAAUUUUUUUAUGUUAGUAAUUUGUUGUUUUUUUUUCCUUGUCAAAUAAACUUUAAAAAAUCAAAAGA